GGAGAGGGGGGGUGGUGUCAUGGCGGAGCAGCGCGGCCCGGUGGUGGUGGUGGUGGACGACGACGACAACGAUGGCGUCGGGAGCGACAGCGAGGCGAAGGAGCGGCUCCUGAAGCGGCCCCGGCGGCGGAGGCGGCGGCUGGUCCUGGGCGCCGGGGAGGCCCCCGCCAUCCCCGUCUAUUCGGGGAAGGUCCACCGCAGCCUCCACCUCUUCGUCGAAGACCCGCAGUCGCUGCCCCGCUCCCCCGAGGUCGAAGAUCUGGAUCCCAGGAGUCCGCGCCCUGAGACCCCUCUCACCCCAGACCUGGACCGCCAGAAGAAGCAGCUGCAGCAGGAUGACGACAGCGAGGAGGAGGUGUUGAUCGUUCGGGAUGCUUCCCCUUCUCCGCCGCCCCAGCCCCGGCGAAGGAAGCAGGCGAGGGCUCAACAGAAGAUACGGGAAGUGGACCGACGCCUGCAGGAUCUCCGUUCCUGCCUGAGCCCCUCGCCUCGACACGGUCGCCGCCCGCUGCCGAACCUCGACGAUGAGGUGAUCUUGGUGGAGGGAUCCCUCUCCGAGCCGGCGCCGACUUCCCGGCCGAUCCUCCUCAAAGUGCGGUGCCGGGCCGACCUGUUCAGAGUCUCCAUCCUUAUGUCUGACCCCCUGCAAGGUGUGGUGGACCACUUGGCUUCGCAGUUAGGGGUCUCCUCAGCCCGGAUCCUGCUGCUUCUCAGGGAGGCCGAGCUGCCCUCCAGUGCCACCCCCGAGACCCUGAGGCUCAGCGUGGCUGACAUAAUUGAUUGUGUGGUGUUGCCAAAGACCCCUGAGCCUGCAGAAGAGUCAGAUGUGGAUGGGAAACUGAGGCUUCGGGUUCAAGGAAAAGAGAAGCAUCAGCUGUUGGAGGUCACCAUGUCUCGAGCCGCUCCCCUUGGGACACUAAUGUCCCACUAUGCCGAAGCCAUGGGCCUUACGGGACGGGAACUCUCCUUCUUCUUUGACGGUGAAAAGUUGACACAUCAGGGGACCCCGGCAGAGUUGGGCAUGGAGCAAGGGGAUCUGAUAGAGGUGUGGGGGUGACGCCCGGAUCCCUAAACAGCUCCUUCUACUCCCCUCAAGUUGCCGGGGGGCCGAGAUUGGACGCCCACAUCUUCCUCCUCAGCCCUCGGAAAGAACCCUCCGGUGGAGCUGGACGUUUAGGUGAGGUGUCACGUGGCCGUGACACUAUCUUCCUCACCUCCUUGAGCUCUCCCCCCCCCCCCGCCGCGAUAGCCCUUUCUCACACUGGGCCCGAGAGGUCGGUCUCAGGUGCUGCCGCUUUCCAAAAGAGAGAAAUAUUUAUAUGUAAGCCCUCAACCCUAGUCCUUCCCCAUUUUCCUUUGCUUUCCUGUAAAUGUGGUGAUAUCCCUCGUCCUGAUUUGCACUGAACUUCUAGAUUUUGGGAGGAAGCAGAGGAAUAGGAUGUGUGACCUGUCUCAGCUAUUGUAUAAAAUUUUGAUUUUUUAACAAGGAAGAUAAUAAACUCGGUGCAAACUGUA